CUUGUCAUAUCUGUGAUUUUGAUUGAGUGCAUAAUGGCUCAAGCUGCGUCUAAAACAUGCGAGGUUUGCUUGGGUGCCCCUGGAUCACAAUAUUGCAUAGACUGUGAAGAAUACUAUUGUGAAAAUUGUAAGUUGUUGCAUAAUAGGCAGAAGUUAUCGAGAAACCAUGAGUUUUAGAAAGCCUCCGAUCUGAUACCGGAAGGUAAAUCUAGAUGUAGGGAACACAAAGAAGAAUUAACUCUUAUGUGUAACACAUGUAAUGCGCAUAUAUGCACAAGUUGUGUGACAGGAAAACACAAUGGGCAUACAUUUUCCAAGAUUGUCGAUGUAAUCGGUCAACUUCGCGUGGAUAAUGAAACGAAAAUUCGUACCAAGACAAAUGAAGCAAAUCAAAAUAUGAAGAAUAUUGAAGAUAGCUUAAAGUCGUUUGAUAAUUCCGUUGAAUCUGUUAUAAAAUCCAUCAACGAUGAAGGCAACUUAAUGAAACGCAUGGUUGAAAAAACUGUUGCUCAGAUGAUUGCCUUGGUGAAAGAACAAUCCAAAACUGAGAAAGACAAACUGAUGAAUAUGUUGUCGGAUGCUCAGUCCGCGCUUGUUGCUGGACAGGCCUUAGACGGAAAGAGAAAAGAACUAGAUAAACCCCGACAGGAUGGAAGUUUGGUACAAAAGAUCAAUAACCUGAAAGAAGAAAUUGACAAACUUCAUAUAAAUUCUGUUCCAGAGUUUCCCAAUAUAUUCUUUAGUCGGAAAUCUGUAACUGAAGAUGACAUCAGACAACUGAUGGGGACAUAUACUAUUAGCAAUUAUUCACAAGUCACAGACAAAGAGGAACAAGAACAUGGUUCCUUGUACAGAUGUUUUGGUUGUGGGUAUGAACAAAUUGUACCAAUUAACGAUCCUUUGUAAGUAGCAAGUUCAAGUAUGAUAUAGAGAAGUAUUUAUAAUUUAAUCCGCUAUGUAAUAAACGGAAUAGCUGUUAAAUAGAAAAUAAACAAAUAGUUUCCAUUCAAAGAUUACAAUCAUUAUUAUGUACUCAUCGGCCGUUGACCACAUGCAAAACGAGCAGAAAAUUUAUACCAUAUUGAGAGCAUACAACCAGUCUUGUCAAACAUACAUAAAACGCAUCAGCUAUGAUGUCGACAGUGUGUGGUUCGAUGGUGUUAACUCUACCUGACACAUACAUGUAUGGUGCUGUGUAAGUU